AUGAAACGGUUCUUCUGGAUCUUCAUAAUUCUUUUCACUGAAACCUAUUGCCAAACCACAGUUCCACCAGGCACAAUUAUAUGCGAUGUAAAGCAAACUGGAACUUGUAUGGGUGGAUGUGAUCUUCAAGCAUCCAAAAAAUGCUCAAAAGCAUCCGAUUGUUAUGAUGGCAAGACGUAUUUCGAUCGAUAUCCACAGUUUAGUAUGCAUUUUUAUUGCGAUUUGAAAAAUAGUGUUUGCUGUCGGCGUGAGUUCUUUGGAGUUGGAAGAAUCCACUCACAAAACAAUGUUUCAGAUUCAAGGGCCUACCGUUUUGAUGUUUGUCACCAUGAAGAAUCGAUUUUGGCUCGUGGGCAAAAUCAAUGCCCACCUAACGUUUUGACUUGCACUAAUGAUUUUGGCCAACGUGGAACAUGCCUGACAGACAGAUUAAACUCGUAUUGUUGUCCCGAUCGGAAUACCACCGAAGUCUUGCCGGAUUUCAAAUCGAACACCGAAUGUGAUGAUACUAAACCACUUCCUCUUGGUUCUUCCCGAAAUUAUUGUCGAGAUGGAUAUGUUUAUAGUGCAGCAGAAACAUUGAAUAAAAACGCGGGAAAAACUUUGAAAAACUGCCAAAUUAAUUCGAAUUGUACAACUGGUGAAUAUUGUAUGAGAAAUACACCAUCUAGUCCUUUACAAUGUUAUUUUGUUGGUAGUCAAAAAAGUGAAGAAAGUAGUGCGGCUGGAACUAUUGCUACAGUUGUUCUUAUCAUUUUGACUAUUCUAAUUUGUGCUGGUGCCAUUGUUGCGAUUAUAUUUUUGAAGUUGGCAAAAUGGUUUAUUGGUGUAGCGGUUGGUGUAUGCAUUGUGAUCAUUGUUAUUAUUCUCAUUGUCUACUGCACGGCCUGA